CUCUCUGUCUGGUUGGGGCAAAAUUUGAGCAGGACAGUCCGGACACAUGGACACACCACAGCAGAUGAAAGACACCCUGCAGCGGUGCAUAGACACACACAAAGAUGAGCUGCACAGUUUGAGUCGGGACAUUUGGAGCCGACCUGAACUCGCCGGAAACGAGACGCACGCGCACGACAGGCUGGUGCGCUUCUUCUCCCAGGACAAGACAUGGACGGUGGAGACUCACUACAAGAUACCGACAGCAUUCCGGGCUAGCUGGGGUCCGGUCGGUGGUGGUGGUGGUGGUGGUGAACAGGUUGUGAAUGUGGGGUUCCUGUGCGAGUACGACGCACUUCCGGGUAUCGGGCACGCGUGCGGGCACAAUCUGAUAGCAGAGGUGGGAGCUGCUGCAGCUGUGGGGCUGAAGGCUGCUUUAGAGAGGCAGACUGGGCUCCCUGGACCUGUGAAGAUAACAGUUCUGGGAACUCCUGCGGAGGAGGAUAUAGGAGGAAAGAUUGACCUGAUCAAUGCGGGAGCCUUCGCUGAUGUCGACCUCGUCUUCAUGGCUCACCCGACUCAGCAAGAUGCUUCAUUCCUGCCCUGUGUCGCACUCGAUGAGGUGAUGGUGAAGUACCAUGGGAAGGAAUCUCACGCCUCUGCGUACCCUUGGGAGGGAGUGAACGCCCUGGAUGCUGCUGUGUUGGCCUACAACAACCUCUCUGCACUCAGGCAGCAACUCAAACCAGACUGGAGGCUUCAUGGCAUCAUCAAACAUGGAGGGGUGAAGCCCAACAUCAUCCCUGCCUACACGGAGCUAGACUUUUAUCUGCGCACGCCCCUGGUUAAGGAUCUUAAUGACUUAAAGGCCAAAGCUGAGGCUUGCUUCAGGGCAGCUGCUGUUGCCACCGGCUGCCGAGUGGAGAUGAUCUAUCCAUAUCAUGCCUACUAUAACAUUCUGCCUAAUGCCACGCUGGCAACCCUGUAUGAAAACAAUGGGAAAGCUUUGGGGAUUCAGUUCCCAGAGCAGCCGGCCAACUUCGCUGGUUCCACAGACUUUGGCAACGUAUCAUUCAUAGUUCCCGGUAUCCAUCCUUUCUUCUACAUCGGCACCGAUGCGCUCAACCACACUGAGGAAUACACCGAAGCAGCAGGAGCUGAAAAGGCCCAGUUGUUCACCCUGAGGACAGCCAAAGCCCUGGCUAUGACAGCUGUGGAUGUAGUGUGCAGCCCUGAUCUGCUGAAGCAAGUGAGAGACGACUUCAGCCUGGCCAAUCUGAAAUAGGAGAAAUUACAAGAAGGCAGCGAUACAGCUUUGACAGCUCCACAAAGUUACUUUAAUAGUAAUUAUGGGGAAAUUUCAUAGCUGACAAGUUAGUAAAGGGUUUUUGGGCUUUGAUUAAAGAGCUCACGUUGGGGAACAGCACUUCCAACAGUUUGUACCUUUUGAUGGAUAGAGACGUAAAGCUAUACGCAGUGUGGUUUAUAAUAUUUACGACAACAGGGCUUAUGAGUAUCUCAAAUACCACCUUUGUUAGGUUGGACGAGCUCAUUCCCACCAGACUAGAACUGGUUUUAGCAGCUGUUGCUUGUGGUUUAAAAUCAGCGUGGGAAGUAAAUAGCAAGAAGUAAAUAGAAGUAGAAUAACACCACAGUUUUAAAUAGAAGGAAAAAGUAUGACUUAUGUGAAACUAAGAAGUGUGUGGCUAACUUCUUGGUAUUCAUUUUGUGUAUUUUUUAAUGGGUUUUAGAAUAAACUGUAUCAUAAAGAGGAAGGCACAACAGAAAGGUGAAGCCAAAAUGUCUCUAUCGCCCUCUGGUGGCUGGCUGCAGUAUAGGUCAGACCCCGUCCCCUCCAUGUUAGCGGAUGGGCCAAAAUACAAACUCAAAGUUCUUGUCAAAUAAGUUUUGACAUGGUUUCUGUCGUUAGGUAAUUCUUCUUGUUUUUUGGAUAAGUUUUGUUUUGCUUAGUUAUUUGAUGCAAUAGAGCGCUCCAGGAAUGAGUAAUAAAACCUGGAAAUUAGGUAGCGUUUUGGCACUCCAGGUUCCCUCAACUCGAAGUCAGUGGGUUUUUUGAAUGGGUAUUUGGUAAGAUGCCUGAAAUAAGGUCUAUGGUUAACACAAGCUUAUUAAGAGACUUUCACGUUCUGUUCUACGACAUAAAAUACAUCAGUAAAUACCCCACUUGUGAAUUUUGAAGUUUUGUGUGUCUUACAAAAAGGUGGUUGCUAAUGCUAAAUGAGACUACAGAACUUUAGCCAUACAGCCUCGUUGUGAUAAGGAUGCUAAGACAUGCGACUGUGGUGUAGUUCGUUCAUAGCCUAACGUUAGCUUUUUACCUCUGGCAAUUGCAAUUAAGCUUCGAAAAUCAUAAAAGUGUUGCUCAUUUGUAAAGAUUAUUUUGCUAAACAAAACAUGCUACAGAGUUUAUUUUGUGCAACAAUCCAGAAUUGGCUUUUUGACCAGGGAACCAGGGCGACGCUCACUUCCACGUCGGGCUACAGAAAAACGUCAUCCCUUGAGCACUCUAUAAAAAGGGGGUUUGACGGCAUGAUUGACAGCUGUGUGCGCCAAUCAGUGGCACUGUUAGUGAUUGGUCGGAUGGCGGGAACUCAAUACUGCGGAGAUGGCUAAAGCACAGACUCCGGCUCCGAAUGAUGUCACCAGUGCAAGAUGGCAGCUGUCGUAUCCAGGAUAUUUUGGCUUCAUUUUUGUACAGUGAGAGGACAUGGAGACGUGUUGUCCAUCUUAAUGUACAGUCAUAGUUUUUAGCCAUGGUUUCAAGGAUGGUUAAGUCUGUUGGUUUGUUGAUCCACCACUUUGGUCUGGACUGAAAUAUUUCAACAACUAAUGGAUAGAUUAACAUGACAUUUUGUUUAAACAUUCAUGGUUCUCGAAUUAUGAAAUUUGUCUCUGGUGAUCACCUGACUCUUUGUCUAGUGCUGCCAUCAGUUUGAUGGUUUUGUUUUUAUCUCCGAAAAACUAUUGGAUGAUUUCUGGUCAAAAUUUGAUUUUGUGUAAUAGUACUACAGUCUCACAGAAU